AUGGGUACCUCUACUAUGGCAGCAUCAGCUGCCAUUACAUUGGCUUGGCUGAUUCUCUUUGAAGGACUUUUGGUUGCUGUGAAUGGUAAUAUUAAUUAUAAGGAUGCACUCACCAAAUCACUUAUUUUCCUAGAGGCACAGAGAUCAGGGAAACUCCCCCCAAAUACUAGGCUAUCUUGGAGAGGAGACUCGGCACUUGAUGAUGGAAAGGAUGAAAAUGUGGACCUUGUUGGGGGAUAUUAUGAUGCAGGAGAUAAUGUGAAGUAUGGGCUUCCCAUGGCUUUCACAGUUACAACUCUAGCAUGGGCUGCUAUUGCUUACAAAUCAGAGCUACAAGCCAAUGGAGAGACGGAAAAUGUCCACUCUGCCAUUCGCUGGGGCACUGAUUAUUUUAUUAAAGCUAGUUCCCGAAAGAAACGAUUAUAUGUGCAGGUGGGAGAUCCGGUGCAAGAUCAUCAAUGUUGGAUUCGACCUGAAAACAUGAAAACACCAAGAACUGUGUUGAAGAUUGAUGAGAACACGCCUGGAACUGAGAUUGCAGCUGAAACUGCUGCAGCAAUGGCUGCUUCUUCAAUUGUGUUUAGAGAAAAAGAUCGUGUAUAUUCUCGUCGUCUACUCAACAAAGCCAAAUUGCUUUUUGAAUUGGCCAGAACACACAAGGGAUCUUUUGAUGGAGAAUGCCCCUUCUAUUGCUCUUACUCAGGCUAUAAUGAUGAGCUAUUGUGGGCAGCUACUUGGCUAUUCCUUGCCACCAAGAGGCCCGUGUACCUAAAGUACAUACAAGAAGAGUCCAUCAGUGCUUCUGUAUCUGAGUUUAGCUGGGACCUCAAAUAUGCAGGAGCUCAAAUCCUUCUCACAGAGUUGUUUCUUCAAGGAGAGAAAGGCUUAGAAACCUUCAAGAAACAAGCCGACAGUUUUAUAUGCUCAGUCCUUCCUGAUAGCCCCUAUCAUCAAAUUUACGUCUCUCCAGGUGGUUUAAUUCACUUGAGAGAUGGGGCCAACACUCAGUACGUCACAGGAACAGCUCUCUUGCUUAGCGUCUAUGGUGAUACGCUUGCCAAAUACAAUGAAAAAGUCACUUGUGGAGACAAACAAUUUGACUCAGCCCGCCUCAUGGCUUUCGCUAAGCAACAGAUGGAUUACUUGCUGGGGGAAAACCCUAAAGGAAGGUCAUACAUGGUUGGAUUCGGGCCAAAUCCACCAGUACAAGCACACCACAGAGGCGCUUCAGUCCCCCAGAUGUCUUCAGAUAAAAUUGUGAACUGUGCCAUGAGCUUCACAUAUUGGUUCACUAAAGACUCUCCAAACCCUAAUGAGCUCACUGGUGCCAUUGUUGGAGGACCUGACCGAUACGAUAACUUCAAUGAUAAGCGUUGGGAUUCUUCUAAGACUGAGCCAUGCACAUACGUUAAUUCACUCGCAGUUGGUCCCCUAGCAAAGCUUGCAACACACAACAUCUAACUUUAUUGUUUUAUGUGGUUGUGGGGAUGAAGAUCUAUGUAUCUCUAAAAAAAAUUACAAUUUUUUCUAUGU